AUUGUUUUAAUAGCAGAUUUUUUUUAGGACACAAUAUGUCAAUAUCAAGGAGGAUCACGACAAUCUCCUCCUUCUCUUAUUUUUUAUCACUUUUCCCCUUUCUUUUAUUUUGUUUUUCUGACAUUUCCACAAACACAUACCGUGCUCGUCGCCAGAAACUAGCCCCAAUAGAUGGUUGGAGUCAGCAAAGAAGACAAUGAUAAAGGUGGUGGAGGAAGCCUGAGCACUCUGGCUUGCUCCUCUUCCUUGAGAAAUUUAUCUUCAAUGGAAGUAUCAUAAAGUUUCUCAGCUCAUCAUUAAAACCUUCCACCUCCAAGAGUUUGACUUGGCACUUCUGGUUCAACGCAAAUAGUCUCGACCCGUUUCUUUGUUUUAGAAUCCCAGACCCAAGAUCAUUUUAAUUUGAUUUGCUAGAUGAAAAGCUUUUGCAUGGAUCAUUGUCUUCUCAUUGCCUUCAUCUUCGUUGUUCUCCAUCUGCCUUCAUCUUCGUUGUUCUUCGAGCUUUUGCUGGAUGAAGAGUUUCGCAUCAUCAAUGUCUUCUCACUGCCUUAUUGUCGUUGCAAAAUUAUUUUCGUGGACUUCACUUAUGUAAGGAUAAAAAGGGGAAAGAGCCAGAUGUAUCAGAGUUCAUAUCAGCUUUGGCGGAAGGCAACAAUGCACAACUCAUGGUGAUGGCAUGUGCUGGUGCUCCAGGAGCAAACGCUCAGGCUUUAGUUGCGGCAAGACAUCAAACAGGUAUAAUUCUCUCAAUCAGCAUUAAAGUGGCUAUUUACUAAAAGUGUGAGCUUCCUAUUUUUAUAGUUCGUAGUGGCUCACCUAUGAAGGUUCAGAUGUCUAAUCGAGAGGAGAGUUUUGAGCAAGCCCUCAAUCAUGAUCCAAAAUCAAAGAAACCAAAGAAAAAACGAGGAACUACCCAAGGAAAAUAUACAUUGAAAAUGAAAUCCAAAGGGAUUCAACAAAAGGUGACAUACAAUAGAAGAUCUCAACCUGUUGGGAAAGGAGCAAUACGCUACUCUACUUAUUCAGGAGCCUUAGCACGAAAUGAAUGGGUUCCUAUUGAUCUUCCAAAUUGGCACAAUGCAGAUGAAGUUAAGUUAGACAUGAUAUGGAAAGAAAUGAAAGGCAAAGAAUCCUCACACAUUGAUGUAUCCACCUGCUAUAUAUCCUGGCAUUACUCAACCAGUUUGGCACAAUUUUGUGGCGAGUCGAACUACACCAGAAUUUCAAGAACUUAGAAAGUUACAACAAGCUAGACGUGCUGAAAAUGAUAACCCUCAUCGCCUGGGGCGUAAAGGUUACCCUAAUUUAGAAUAUGAGCUUGUGAGUUCACCAAAAACUAUAUUAUACUGAACUUUUUUUAUUAACUGUCAUAUUAAGCUUUUCAAUAAAUGAAUAGUACUAACAUUAUUAAGG